UGAUUCAUCCAAGAAGAGAACUGUCAAACAGUGUUGGUCGGUUUGAUUGUUGGUGUCAACCUCCGCCUAUUUUCUGAUUUCCCUGGGAUUUUGGAAAUAAACUGCGGCAAAAAUGGCUCUAAAGAAUCAAGUUGGACUAAAGAUUAUGAAUGAAGUGAUCAAACAUAAAGGAUCAAAGAAGAAUGGACCUGCUGCAGCAGCUGCAGGUCAUGUUGAGUGGAGGGUUUUGGUGGUUGAUCAACUGGCCAUGAGGAUGGUUUCAGCAUGUUGCAAGAUGCAUGACAUUUCAGCUGAAGGCAUUACCUUGGUUGAAGAUAUUAAUAAAAAGAGGGAACCCUUGAACACAAUGGAGGGAGUCUACUUAAUAACUCCUUCAGAGAAGUCAGUGCAUUCACUGAUGAAUGACUUUGAGAGUCCAAGACCCAUGUAUAAAGCUGCUCAUGUAUUCUUCACAGAAGCAUGUCCAGACCAUUUGUUUAAAGAGAUUUGUAGGCAAAAAGGGAUGGCCAAAUUCAUAAAAACCCUCAAAGAGAUUAACUUGGCUUUUGUGCCAUUUGAACAGCAGGUAUUCUCUUUGGAUUCGCCGGAUACGUUUCAAUGCAGUUACGCUCCAUCAUUUGCUGAUCUGAGAAAUGCCAAUAUGGAAAGAAUGGCUGAACAGAUUGCUACUUUAUGCGCUACACUUGGAGAAUAUCCCUCCGUGCGUUUUCGAAGUGAUUGGGAACACAAUGUAGAAUUGGCGCAGUUAAUCCAACAGAAAUUGGACGCUUAUAAAGCGGAUGAACCCACAAUGGGCGAGGGUCCAGAAAAGGCUCGUUCCCAACUACUCAUCAUGGACAGAGGUUUCGAUUGCGUCUCACCUUUGCUCCAUGAGCUCACAUUCCAGGCUAUGGCUUACGACUUGCUGCCAAUAGAGAACGACGUUUACAAAUACGAAGCACAGCAAAGUUGCAUCAAGGAAGUUUUGCUUGAUGAGAAUGAUGAGUUGUGGGUGGAGAUGCGGCAUCAGCAUAUCGCCGUGGUUUCGCAGAAUGUGACGAAGAAGAUGAAAUCGUUCACGGAUUCGAAGCGCAUGACUUCUGGAGAUAAACAAUCGAUGAAAGAUCUGUCUGUAAUGAUUAAGAAGAUGCCGCAGUAUCAGAAGGAGCUGUCGAAGUAUGCUACGCAUUUGCACCUUGCGGAGGAUUGCAUGAAAGCUUAUCAGGGAUAUGUGGAUAAGCUGUGCAAGGUCGAGCAGGAUUUGGCUAUGGGGACGGAUGCUGAAGGGGAGAAGAUUAAGGAUCACAUGAGAAAUAUAGUCCCGAUUUUGCUGGAUCCUAAGAUUACCAAUGAUUACGAUAAGAUGCGCAUCAUUGCUUUGUACGCGAUGACGAAGAAUGGUAUUACCGAUGAAAAUCUUUCCAAGUUGGCCACCCAUGCCCAAAUCAAGGAUAAACAGACCAUCGCCAAUCUCAAAUAUUUGGGAGUCAACGUUGUCACUGAUGGAGGAACUAGAAAAAAACCGUACUCCGUGCCGAGAAAGGAGAGGAUAACUGAGCAGACCUACCAAAUGUCCCGCUGGACUCCGGUCAUUAAGGACAUAAUGGAAGACUGCUUAGAAGAUAAAUUGGACGCCAGACACUUCCCGUAUUUGGCUGGCAGGGCUCAAACCACCGGAUACCACGCACCUACGAGUGCGAGGUAUGGACAUUGGCACAAGGAUAAAGGGCAACAAACCGUCAAGAAUGUGCCCCGCUUGAUUGUAUUCAUCGUGGGCGGCAUGAGUUUCUCCGAAGUGCGUUGUGCCUACGAGGUGACAAACGCCGCUAAGAACUGGGAAGUCAUCAUUGGCUCCUCUCACAUCUUAACCCCCGAAGGUUUCCUCAGCGAUCUAGCGACUCUGGCCGGCUAGAAGAAGGCUGUCUCUUUCAACAUCCCACCAGAAGUAAAAUAACGCGAAGCCAUUUCAUAUAUAUAAUACACACAGACCCAAGCGCGUGCACAGAACAUACGAAACAACAUUGAUUACUUACUUUUGAUCUUAGCUUUCUGUAGUAGUACGAUGAUCAAAGAUGAUCUUUGUUAACAUAUAAUGUUAGGAAACUAGCACUUUUUCAAAGGUAUUAUUAUCGUUGUCAUUAUUAUUUCCAUAUGACGAUCGUCGUCACGAAAAAUAACGAUACUUUACUUUUUCGUCUCUUUUCGAGCUGUGAGUGUAAUAUAUUCCAAAGUUGUUGAUAUAUUCAGAUAUAAGUGCAUGCUUCAAUUAGUAGAUGAGUAGAAAUGAUAUGUAUUAUUAUUACUGUAAAAAAUGACUUUUUGGCUUAUAACGGCUUUAAAAUUCAUUCAGUUUAGGGCUUAGUGUAAUUAUCCCCUAUUCUAAUUUCAUUGCAUACGGAUGUACGAAGCAAUAUAUGUUAGCUCUAUUAUAUAUGAGGUGUAAAAAAAAUAUAUAACUAAAAUAUCAAAAUUUAUAAACAAUAAUAAUUACGGACGAAAAACAUAUAAUAAUAACGAA